UUACGACCUUGCUGGCUCUGCCCUGGCUGCCUGUCCCUGUCAAUCACACUGGACACAUUCCUGGCAAGUAGUGAAAAGAUGGCAGCACCACGGCUCGUCUGGAUUCUCUUCUUAGCAGUGGUUUUUCUUGGUGGGCUCCUGGCUGCUCUCCCUGAUCGCAAUGUCUAUCCGGUGACUGGAGAGAUCUUUGUGCACGAGCUGGAGCGGGAGCUCUUCCAGGAUGCAUUUCCCUCAGUCCACAAUAACGUCGAGGAAAUCCCACCUGAUGUCCCCAUCACCUUCCAUGCCCGUCUGUUGGGAUACCCGGACCUGCCCAGGUGGCUGCGUUACAUCCAGCGUGGGCCGUAUGAAACCGCCUUCCUCUAUGGGUCACCCACAGCAAAGGAAAAGAAAGCUGGCAGGCAGACCAUUGAGGUGAAAGCAUAUAACAGACAUACAUAUGAGACUGUGAAACAAAGGAUCAUCUUCAACAUUGGCUCCUCCCCAGACGAGCAGCUGCCGUACCAGGCAGAGUUCUUUGUGAAGAACCGAGAUGUGGAGGAAGUGUUACCGGUGGAGGCACAGCAGCUGUUCCAGCAGGGUGUGGACAGCAUCUGGGAUCAGGACGACUUGCACAUCAUCAACAUCACGUCAGCCUUGGACCGGGGAGGUCGUGUGCCCCUGCCUAUCGAAGGCAGAAAGGAAGGGGUGUACAUAAAGGUAGGAUCCAUAUACCCUUUCUCCGACUGCCUGGUGGCCACCAAGUCUCUUGAUAAUGAGGCCCGGUGCAACAUGGAGCAGCAGCCAGUUCUUGCAUGUCAUGACAGAUUCUAUCCUGUAUUCAUAAUCGACUGGUGCAAUAUCACCUUGAUGGAUCUCUCCAGCCCCAGCACCACAGGGCCGGUGCUUAUUUCGGGAGAUGGGGUUCUGGAGGACGGCAGUGAAUUUGAACCCCCCACAGAUGCCCCUGAGAAGACUUUUCUGUAUGACUACCUGCUGACCAUCCUCCUGCCCUUGCUGGUGGCCCUUCUGCUCUGCCUUUUCCUGACCUACAUCAUGUGCUGCCGAAGGGAGGGCCUGGACAAAAGGGACAUGGCAACUUCUGACAUCCAGAUGGUGCACCACAACACAAUCCAUGGCAACACGGAGGAGCUGAGGCACAUGGCCAGCAGCAGGGAGGUGCCGCAGCCCCUCUCCACCCUGCCCAUGUUCAAUGUGCGCACAGGCGAGAGUAUCAACCCCAUGCAGCGGCGCUACGACAGUGCCCACGUCCCGCUUAUCCUGGACCAGAAGUAAAGGCCAGACCAGGUGUUUGUUCGCCUCUGAGUGACUCUGUGUGCAGCGGUGAAGCCCUCUUAUGGUUGGGAAGAACAGGGGGACCUGGGAAGAAAGUGUGGGGGAGGGCAGGAUCUUGAUUUUUGUAGUAUGAGAACUAGAGUAACAGGUUUGAAACAGAGAGAUUAAUGUACGUGUAUGUAACAAACAGGGGGGGCACAGGCUCCAACCAUUGGGACAGCAAAUAAUUAAAGAAGAGUUCUGUUUAAUGUUGAAA